UCCGUCUUCAAAGACUGAGGAGUUCUAGCAGAGAAGAAGAGCUGGUCAGCAGUGUUUCUUUCUUUCUUUCGUCGGAGAAUCGGAAGCGAACUGCGGAUCAUUGCAGCAGAGGGGAGGGAAGAAGCGAGGAGAAAGACAAGAAGCCAAUAACAGAUUAGGCUGCUCACAUCAAUCUCAUAGUCAAAGAGGGCCAGGUUUGAUUCCCUCAACUCUUCCGUUUUGCUUUUUUCGCGGGGCCUCAUUCUGAAAGGGCAGUGUAUGUAUGUGAGAUUGUGUUCUUGGUGUUUCACGAUGUUAAUUUUCUGAUUUUGGUAAAAGGUUGUGUAUUUGAUUUUUAGGGCUAGGGUUUCUUUUUGUUUUUGGUCGAAUAUGUACUUGUUAGAUUAAAAAUUGAUGUUGUGGAUUGUGCUGUCCAUUUUGUCUAGUUCUCCGACUACUAAUACCUAGAAUCAUAGCUUCAUUUUCCCAUGGUGUAGUCUUAUGGAGUGACCUCUCUAAGAGUUUCCUUCUCUCUGCGAAUUCAACAAUGCAUUGAACAAGUAGAAUUACUUGGUGUCCUUGUAGAGCUAGGGAUACGCAUUAUUUGGUUCUCCCUGAAAAUGAAGACCUUUUCUUAUGCUUGUAAGAUACCCUAUCUCUAUAUAAGAAUUAAGAUAGCUGAGAGGUGGUUCUUCGUCCCUCGAAUUCCAGAAUAUUCCAGAAUUUAAGCACUAGUUCUUGCAUUUCUGACACUUAUACUUUCCGAGCUGUAAUGCAUUGCAACUUCUCCGCGACUGGUAUGGUUGUUCUUCCUCCACCAUAAGUAUCAGAAUUCAUAGUUUCCGGCAGUGUUUUCUUAAUUGCUGUAAUUUAGGAACUCUACAGCAACCCAUGGACACCUGUCAUUUUGUUUUCCCAUGCAUGUGAUACUUGUAUAGUUAUUCAGGUAGGUAUUCCUUUGAGAAUGUUUGAACAAUAGAUCGUAACGUAUGUUGACGCUGCUUCUUAAUGUGUUUUUGGAUGAUUCAAGGCCUAAACUCAGCGACUUUCAUUGUAGUAACUCCACUGGUGGUGACAUCUGAGAAUGGCUGACCUCCUUUAUGAUUGUUCUUUGGUUAUGUUGGUUUUCUUUACUUUUAGGUGAUUUGUUUGCAUAUACUUCGAAAGCUGGAUGCAGUGCAACUGAAUGCUCCCAUAUAGUUUGGUGCAAAUGCUAGACAUUGUAAUUCUUCGUUGCUUGGUGUUUAUUGCGCUAUAAUUUCGAAUGUCUGACUUGCUGCUUUCCUGUUCCGUCCAAAAAGGGGAAGGGGUUCCCAAACUGCUGGAUCAAUAGCUUACUACUUCAGGCUUCGGUGGACCCCAUUUGGCUAUUUGUUCAAUUGUUUGGGGUUCAACCUAGAUGUGAAAUAAACUUGUGUUAAUUCCGUUUUAGACUGCUAUGAGUGCAUCUAAGAAUAGCAUGAUUCUGUUGCUGGUUGCUCUUGUCUUGGAUGUUUCUAGUGAACUUGGUUUGACCAACUGCCUUGUGUACAUCUAGUUGUGUAUAUAUACUAGAGAUGACAGACACUCAUAUAUCCCCUUUCCUUUCUUUGUGCAAGUGGGAAACAGGCUUAUUGAGGAAUUACUACAGCAGUCGAGUCUUCAGGGCAACAAUGAAGGUCAUAGAAGUGGAUCGAUGCCAGAUACAGGAGUGGUACCCAAAGUUCAAGUCAGUCUCCAUUCCAACCAUCAUUCACCAACUCCCACAAUCUUUCAUUGAGUACCUGCUGGACUCAGGAACCUUGCAACUUCCUCUAUCCAUAUCAAACGAAGACGCUCUGCCAAACAGAGUCCACAACCCCAUCGACGAACUAGACUAUCAACUAAGAGAAGAAUCCUCCGACAACGAUGAAGAAUCAGAUCAAUCUGCAUCAUCGCCCCCACCUUGUUUCCCAGACCUGGAACUCCAGAUCAAGAAUUCGAUUGAAGCACUCGGAGGUGCAGUUCUUCCCAAGCUGAACUGGAGUUCACCCAAGGAUGCAGCUUGGAUAAGCUCGUCGAGAAACCUUCGCUGUACUUCAUUCAGCGAGAUAGCACUCUUACUCAAGUCGUCCGAUUCCUUGGUCCACGAUCUAAGCCACGCCUAUGAUUCGUGCUGUGACAGAAAAGAAUUGACUGGGCCCUUGAGUUUCUACAUUGCUCUCCGGAAAUGGUACUCUUCGAUUUUGCCAGAGAGGGAAUUCCGGUGCUUUGUACGUGGUCAGCGGCUGGUGGGGAUCUCGCAGCGUGAGGUCACAACAUGCUAUCCUUUGAUUCUGGCAGAGAGGGGCGUGAUUCAGGAUCUGAUUGUGGAGUUCUUCGAAGACCGGGUGAGGAUGAAGUUUGAGUCGGAUGAUUACACGCUUGAUGUGUAUGUGACAAACGAUGGGCGGGUUAAGAUUUUGGAUUUUAACCCAUGGGCGGAGUUUACACUGCCUCUGCUGUUUACAUGGGAGGAAUUGGAAGGACUGAAUGGGGAUAAGGAGGAGGAUGUGGAGUUGAGGGUUGUGGAGAGUCGGUGUGGGAUUCGGCCUGGUUUGAAAACUGCUGUUCCACGAGAAUUUUUGGAGGUUGGCCCGGGGAGUGGAUGGGAGCAGGUGUUGAAGAAAGCAUUUGAGGAGUCGCAGCAGGAAGGGGCAUCAGAUGACGAUUGAGAGUUGUACUGUCAAAUGUCUACCAGCUUGAUAGGAUUUGGGAAUGUCAUCUUUUCUAGUCACCAAUGUGGUUGAAAUAGUUACCUAGGUGAAGAGGGUAGCAGCCGAGAAACCCAGUAGAAAGUUGGAGUGUCUGUGUAAAAUGACAACCUUGGCUUAAUCUUUCUGAGUGAUAUAGAAAAUUUGUCUUUUGUUGACAUGAUAUGCUUUAGCAGCUCCGAUUUCCUUCUCCAAUAACUGCUUAGAGGCUCC